GUGAUGAUAGUGAUGAUGAUGAUGCACCUGGGUGAAUUGGGCUCAAUUAAAGCGAGCUUCCUUUCCUUCAGUGCCAUGUAGGCAGAAAUAACAGCACCCACACGCCAUCAUGCUGCUCUGCUUACUGUAUCCUUAAUCCAGCAGCGGAAAAAGCGAGUUCACCCCGAGCCCAAACCCGGACACAGAGCUCACUCACUGCAGGGGCUUGUUAUGCUUUUAAAGUGGUCCAGGAAUGCCCAAGGAGAAAUAUGAGCCGCCGGACCCCCGGCGGAUGUACACGAUAAUGACCAGCGAAGAGGCAGCAAGUGGGAAAAAAUCUCACUGGGCUGAGCUUGAGAUAAGUGGUAAAGUGCGGAGUCUAAGCUCGGCCCUGUGGUCGCUCACUCACCUCACUGCUUUGCACCUCAGUGACAACUCGCUGUCACGGAUCCCCCCCGACAUUGCCAAGCUACACAACCUCGUGUACCUGGACCUGUCGUCCAAUAAGAUCAGGAGCCUGCCAGCUGAGCUCGGCAACAUGGUGUCUCUCAGGGAACUGCUUUUAAAUAACAACCAGUUGCGGGUUCUACCUUUCGAAUUGGGGAAACUGUUUCAGUUACAAACACUGGGGUUAAAAGGAAAUCCACUUGCACAGGACCUCAUGAGCCUCUACCAGGAACCGGAUGGCACCCGUCGACUGCUGAACUACCUUUUGGACAAUCUUGCUGGUGCUAUUAAACGCAUCCCAACUGAGCAACCGCCGUCCAGGUCGUGGAUCGUCCUGCAGGAGCCGGAGAGAGUCAGGCCCGCAGCUGUGUUCUCAGUAAUGUGCUACAACGUACUGUGCGAUAAGUACGCCACACGCCAGCUGUACGGCUACUGCCCUCCCUGGGCUCUCAACUGGGAGUACAGGAAGAAGGCCAUCAUGCAGGAAAUACUCAGCUGCAAUGCUGACAUCAUCAGCCUACAGGAAGUGGAGACGGAACAGUAUUAUAACUACUUCCUGGUGGAGCUGAAAGUGCAGGGGUACGACGGAUUCUUCAGUCCAAAGUCCCGAGCCAGAACCAUGUCCGAGUCAGACAGGAAACAUGUGGAUGGAUGUGCAAUAUUCUACAAGACCGAGAAGUUCAGCGUGGUGCAGAAGCACACAGUGGAGUUUAACCAGCUCGCCAUGGCUAACUCGGAGGGAUCGGAGGCCAUGUUGAACCGCGUCAUGACCAAGGACAACAUCGGAGUGGCGGUGCUGCUGGAGCUACGCAGGGAAAUGAUGGAGAUGACGCAAGGCAAAUCUCUCCUCAGCCUGGAGAAACAGCUCAUCCUAGUGGCCAACGCCCACAUGCACUGGGACCCGGAGUACUCCGACGUGAAGCUUGUACAGACCAUGAUGUUCCUGUCUGAGGUGAAGAACAUCGUGGACAAAGCCACGCGCAGCCUCAAGCUCUCCUCCAUAUCUGGAGAAACCAACGCCAUCCCUCUGGUGCUGUGUGCUGAUCUCAACUCGCUGCCUGACUCUGGUGUGGUGGAAUUCCUGAGCACAGGCGGGGUGGACUGCACGCACAAAGACUUUAAAGAGCUGCGCUACAGCGACAGUCUGACCAACUUCAACUGCAAUGGCAAGAACAGCUCGUCCAACGGCAGGAUCACGCACGGCUUCAAGCUCAAGAGUGCCUACGAGAACGGGCUCAUGCCUUACACCAACUACACCUUCGACUUCAAGGGUGUAAUCGAUUACAUCUUCUGCUCUGAGCCUCAGCUGAACGUUUUGGGAGUCCUGGGACCUCUGGACCAUGACUGGCUCCAGGAGAACAACAUCAGCGGCUGCCCGCACCCCCACAUCCCGUCAGAUCACUUCUCCCUGUUUGCACAGCUGGAGCUGUUCCUGCCCCAGCAUUCCCCCAUCAAUGGGGUGCACCUGCCUGCACGCAGGUAGUCAGCCCCCCCACCCCGAGACGCCACCAUGGGGGGGGGCGGCGGCACUGCACACUCCCACCUCUGACACGUUCUUCUGGCAACUUACUGAAAACGACCGAACCUCGAAACUACGCCAUUCUCUUUGUGCUUCUUCUUUCUUUCUUUUUCUUUUCACUUUUUUUUUUUUUUUUAAUUAAUUUAAUUUUUAAAAAAAUGUCACGGAUGUCUUUUCUCUUCUUUUUUUUUCUCCCUUUCCUUGUUUACUUGAUGGAGCCAAAUUUGCUUCUAAAACUCUGAGAGGCCCGGUUUCCCAGUCUCUCGUUAAGCUUUGUUUUUAUCGUUGUUUUAUAGUCGUACGCAUGGGUUUCUGUUCAAUCACUACUUCACACCGCCUCGGUAUCGUCGUUGUCAUCCCAAAAAAAGGAAAAAAAAAUUCAAUAAAUAAAAAGGCGUAAGUAGUCCGUAGGUUGUAUGUGGUCUCGUAUCAGGAUGCAGUAACUGUAGUUUAGCUCGCACACGUCAGGUCUGUGAUCAGCGCGCGUGUCAACACGCACUCGAAGAAAGUCUGGGCUGAAGGAAAUGGAGGUCAUAAUGCCAAUGGCAGUCAGAUGUUUAAUAAUCUAAAGCCAGCAAUGAUUCCUGAAUCCUCACCCAAGUGCAUUAAACCUCCUCGUUCCUUUCUAAGCCCUGAACGGAUUUCAAAAAAAAAAAAAAAAAAAAUCUGACAAGCAAUAGCUCACAUCCGGUUCUGCUUUUUUUGUACGUACACGUGUGCUCCGAUUUUAGCUUUCGUUCUUAUGCGUGUCUUUUUAGAGCAGCUUCGGAAAGCGUACGCGUUGCUUAUAUGGGUGCCAGUCUUUUUUAACGUCCCACGACGGGACGCCAGGAGUGGGUGACGCUCUCAUGCGUUGGCUCCUAAAAACGGUGCAAUAUUCUCAACAGCGUAAUCCUUUUAAAGCUAAAGCCGUGGCAAAGGUUUUUAUACGAGCUUAAAAUAUGACAGAUCCUCCAGUGCACUUAUUCCGAAAGGGUUACCAACACACAGCGAUCGAUCGAUUGGCUUCGUUAAAUUCCGUUUUCGAACGCAAACAAUCCGAACGCAUCGGCUUGAUCACUGGUUGCCCAUUCAUUUUAUUUUUUGUGUUGUUUGGUUUUUUGCGACCGAGCUAUGCACCUGGAAAUGUUUAGCUUCAUCGGACGUGAGGUCACUGUGGACGCUCCCACGCGGCGGAGGUCGAGUGGCACACGGGCGCCGGGGGGUGGGGGGCUCUAGAUUUCAGCGGGUCUGUAUUCAACCAGCAUCCGUUCACUGUGUUUUGUGGAAAAGUGGAGAACAUUCCGUAAAUUUUUCCCACAAACCGCUCAUAACUUCUCGAGGUGUGUAGCACUGUCUUUUGCGGCCAGUAGUUUUUACGCCCAAGUCGUUAAUAAUCCUCGUGGGCUUCUCCAAAAAAAAAAAAAAAACCCCACCACCACCCUCACCCCCACCCCGAGUACUUAAAACACACACACACACACACACAUAUAUAUAUAUAUAUAUAUAUCUCUAUACACAUUUAAUCUUUAAUCUUUACUUGAUUGUAUAUGAGCCACACACAGAAUUUCUUUCUUUUGUAUUUCAUAUAAAUUAUGAUUCGGAUUUUUAUUUUAUUUUAUUUUUUUGGUAUCGUCUAAGUGUGACUGCAUUUUUUUUUUUUUUUUUUUUUUUUUUUUUUAAGGACAUAAAUCAAAUUUACCAGCUUGUUUUUAAACAUAAACGAAAUAAAAAAAAUUAAGGUUGAAGAGGUUGUUCCCAGGCGUCACUGCCACACACUCUUGCACUCAGUGACGUUUCGUUUCGUUUCCUCCCCGUUCAAUUCGACUCCCGGUCGUUGGUCAGUUCCCCAGAGUCAUUUCCGUGUUGUUGGAGGUCUUGCAUCGUGCCUCGGUGUGUCCCUUAUCUUGCACUACCAGUGAACACCUGUACAACCUCUCAUCCUUUACACGUCUGUUCCCCCCACCCUCUAUUUUCCCUGAACUACUGUACUACGCAAAGGAAUCAGGUCUGUAAUAUUACGAAAAAAUGUUAUUUUUGUAGCUAAAGCAUCUGUGGUAGGGCUCUUGAUAUCUUUCCUAGUUUCGAAUAAAACCUCGUCUGUUGGCGUUUUUGUUCCUUGCAUGUUCCGAAAGGUCUCUCCCUCCUUUUAUUUCCCCCCGUAUAAUCCGAGCUGACUUUAUAAUAAUCCCUUUUUCUCGAGUUCUGUUGGUGUCUAGCAGUAAUAGCUCUAGUAUGGCCAUACUGUUUUUUUUUUUUGUUUUUUUUUGUUCGUUUUUUUUCCUGUGUAGUGCCACGUGGUGCGUUCUUCUUCUAUGAAGCCAUUUAGCUUAGAUUCCCCUCUUUGACUUCCUUUUGUUGAAGUGGACAGGGACAGGGGGGCUCGUUAUCGUUUCGUACCUUUUUCGUUUUUCAGCAUCUCGGUCGACACGUUCACAGCUUCAGGACCAAAACUCUGAACUCCGGUCCGUAAGAAAAUCUCCUGCGGUCGGGUUUAUCGCCAUCAUGUUUUUCUUACGCUUUUAGAAAGUAGACUGAAGGCAUCAGUCAGUUAGCACUCGAUGCGAGAGCGAACUGAUGCAUCCGGUCACCUUUUUAGAUCCGAUCGGUCAGUUUCCACCAUGAAAUUGUAAACCAUUUUUAGCAGUGAAGAUACCAAUUCUGAACAACUUUUCUGCACCACAUCGUUUUUAUGUAUUGUAAAUGACACCUUUUUUUCCCUGUUAAUGACCUUGACUUGCUGAAGGUAUUGUAGAUUUCAGUAGCUUUUUGUAAAGUGUGAAUAAAAUGUGUAUUGCC